CAUGGAUGAAUCAAGGAGAAUUGUCAUCCUGGGAAAAACUGGAGCAGGGAAAAGCAGCCUGGCUAACACCUUACUUGGAGAGGAUUUGUUCAAGGUCAACCAUACUGCAAUAUCUGAAACAAGUGAAUGUCAAGCAGAAACCGAAUCUGUCAAGGCAAGAAAAUUAACUUUGAUCGACACACCAGGUUUCUUUGACACCAACACACCUGAAGAACAACUGAAGCCUGAGAUACUGAGGUGUAUCACAGAGUGCGCUCCUGGGCCUCAUGCUUUUCUCAUUUUGUUGAAAGUGGAGAAAUUCGGUGAACACGAGCAGGCUGUCAUCGAUAAGAUUAUAGGAUACUUGUCUGAAGAAGCCUUCAGAUAUGCAACAGUUGUCUUCACUCAUGGUGAUCAGCUCCAAGAGAAACAGACAAUUGAAGAUUUCAUCCAUGAGCAUGAGAUUCUGAGAGAUCUGGUGCAGAAGUGCGGCGGCCGCUGUGUUGUCAUCGAUAACAAGUACUGGAACAAAAAGGAUAAAUACAGGAGCAACGAGGUCCAGGUAGAGAAGCUGCUCAAGAUGAUAGACAAGAUGAUCAAGGACAACAAAAGUGGCUGCUACACUAAUGAGACGCUACAAGCAGUGGAGAAAAAGAUACAACAAGAGAUGAAAAUCAUUAAGCAGUCAUCAGGAAGCAUGCCGAAGAUUCGCGAUGCCGAAUAG